AAGUUAAUCCUCCAAGCAUGGGAAGGAUAUUUCAAGGUCAUGAAACAGGACCUUGUGGCAAGUACCCCAGAUGUGGCAGGGAGAAUCUCAUUUACUACCAAUAUUUGGUUGAGUGAUUCUUACCACCCCUACCUUGCUCUGACAGCACACUGGAUUGCCAUUGAGGGUGGCUCACUCAAGAUGAAGGUGUCUCUUAUUGCCUUUCAGUAA